GGUAUAUGUAUCAGUUCAGUCUAUAACACACACACACACACACACAAAGUUUUAGGGUUAUAGAGGGAAAAAAGAAAAGAAAAUGGCGAUGUUGUUGUACAUGCGGCGAUUAGGGAAGCGAUUGGGUGAGGAAGGCCGACGCUACACGUUUUCUACAUGGUCAUCAUCAGCAUCAGCAUCAGCAUCAGCAUCAGCAUCAGCUCCUCCAGCUGUGUUAUGCGGAAGGGGUGAUAAGAGAACGAAAAAGGGUAAAGUAUUCAAAGGGACGUACGGAAACUCAAGGCCCAAAAAGGAUAAAUACAUUCAACGUAUUAAGGACAAGCUGGAGGUCCCCAGAUCCACUCCUUGGCCUCUUCCUUUUAAAUUAAUUUAAUCAUUUCUCCUUGUUCAUCAGAUGAUAAUAAUAAUAGCUUUUCAUUUUUCUUGUUUCUGUUCACCUAAAAUGACUAUUGAUGAUUCUGAUUCUACCGUAUCACUUUGCUUUUA